AUGGCCAACGCCUCGAAAGCCGCAAAGCGCCCUGCCGCUGGGAAAUCGCCGGCUCAGAAAGCUCGCAAAAAUUGGCGACCGUCGGAAAAGGAAUAUGCGUCAAAACCACCACGAAACUGGAAGCCGCGCCCAGGGGAUAUUCAGGCGGGUGAUCCCGUCUAUGUACCAGCCAAGCGGCGCUACCGUCCGGGCACCGUUGCGUUGCGUGAAAUCAGAAAGUUUCAAUCAAGCACAAAGCUGCUUGUCCAGAAACUCCCAUUCGCUCGUCUGUGUCGAGAAAUCGGACUUCAGUAUCGGCCGGCCGGGAAAGACUUUCGUUGGCAGAGCCAGGCUCUUCAAGCACUACAAGAAGCUGCAGAAGCAUACAUGGUAUAUCUCUUCGAAGAUGCAAAUCUCUGCGCCAUACACGCCAAAAGAGUGACUGUGAUGAAGAAGGAUAUCCAGCUAGCAAGGCGGAUUCGUGGAAUCUGGGGCGGACUGGGUUAG